GAGCCAGCCAGUGCACAGGGAAAUCGGGGAAAUCGUCGGGGAAAUCGCAUGCCAUUUCAGCCCGGAAGAUUUGAUUUCAAAAAAAACAUUUAACAGCUUCCUUAAACAACCGAAACCCCCCACGAUAUCAGCUCUCUCUCUCUCCCUCCUCCCAUCUCCUCGUCUUCCUCCUCCUGACCUCCUCGUCGUCGUCGUCUCUCUUCGCCGGCUCCGGCGGCGGCGGCUGCUCGCACCCGGUGGCGUGACCGCGGCGGCGGUGGAGUGGAGUGGAAUUUGGGUUCGGAUCGGCGGAGAGAGGAGGAGGAGAGGGGGUAAUAAUUGGGAGGCAGUUGGGGGAGUGUAACUUUGGGCAUUGAUGGCGGGGUAGAGAAGGUGAGCCCCCAAGGAGGAGGGUGGUGGUGGUGGUGGCUUCUGUACCUGCGACCCUGCGUUGCUCUGCGCCCCUCUCCUUUAUUGCGUUUAAUUUCCCUCCCAAUUCCGUCUCUCCGCUGCCUGCCUGGCUUCUCCGCGAUUCCAUCCAUAGUUUGGAGUGGGGAGGAAUGGGGAGUGGCGGCGGCGGCGGAGGUGGUGGUGGUGGUGGUGGUGGAUGGAGGAGGAGGAGAUGAUGCGGGCUGGUGGUUGUUGUUGUGGUGGUGGUGGGGUCUGGGCGCGGCUACUGCUGCUCGUGGCGGUGGUGGCGGCGCCCGGGGCGGUGGUGGCGCAGCAGGGGAACCUCACGUCGCGGGCGGAUCUCUCGGGGCUCUACGCGCUGCGCGGCUCGCUCGGGCUGCGCGCGCGGGACUGGCCGCGCCGCGCCGACCCCUGCACGGCGUGGGCCGGGGUGCGCUGCAGCGGCGGCCGCGUCGUGUCGGUCGACCUCGCCGGGCUGCGCCGCACGCGGCUGGGGCGCCUGGCGCCGCGGUUCGCCGUCGACGGGCUGCGCAACCUCACGCGGCUCGAGGCCUUCAGCGCGCCCGGGUUCGGCCUGCCAGGCUCCCUUCCGGCGUGGCUCGGCGCGGGGCUCGCGCCCACCUUCCAGCUCCUCGACAUCUCCGGCUGCGCCGUCACGGGGGAGAUCCCCGCCUCGGCCAUCGCCGGCCUCAGCAACCUCACCACUCUCAACCUCGCGGGGAAUCUACUCUCGGGGCAGCUCCCUGGCAGUGCUCUCGCCGGGCUCGCUCGGCUCAAGACUCUCAACCUCUCUGGCAAUGCCUUCUCAGGCGAGCUACCCAAGGCGGUCUGGUCGCUCCCGGAGCUGAGCGUUCUCGAUGUGUCUCGGACCAACCUCACCGGCGCAUUGCCGGAUACAGGGCUCGCGCUUCCAUCCAAUGUACAGGUGGUGGAUCUGUCCGGGAACCUCUUCUAUGGUGGCGUGCCGGGAUCCUUUGGCCAACUUUUCGGUAGGACGAAGCUGGCCAAUAUCUCUGGGAAUUACUUCGACGGCAAACUGGGUGUAUCCAAUGGUGAUGGUGGGAAUUUCUCAUUUGAGUUGAAUUGCUUCGUUGAUGUCACUGGACAGCGUAGCCAGGCAGAAUGUCAGCAGUUCUAUGCUGCACGUGGUUUGCCGUAUAAUGUUUCAGGUCCUGCACCCACACCGCAGCCUGCGAUGCCAGCUUCACCGGGAAGGAAAAAGGGGCACAAGAAUUUGAAGUAUAUACUGAUUGGAGCCAUUUGCGGCGGUGUCCUCUUGGUAGCUGUGAUUGCUGCCAUUUUGUAUUGCUUGGUGUGCUCUGGGAGUAGGAGGAAUGGGAGUAGGAAUGAUCAGCGGGAAAGUGGCGUGCGGAACACACAGUUGGGAGCGUCUGGAACUGGUGGGGGUGCAGUUACUGCUGGCACGCAACCUUCUGCAUCGCCUGCAAACUUGGCAAAGGUCGGUGAUUCAUUCGGUUAUGACCAGCUCGUCGAAGCCACCACGGACUUUGGAGAUGAUAGGCUUAUCAAGCAUGGUCACUCAGGUGAUCUUUACCUUGGGGCGCUCCAUGAUGGGACCUCUGUGGUUGUGAAGAGGAUAACUUCCAGCAUGGCUAAGAAAGAUGCUUAUAUGGCGGAGCUAGAUUUAUUUGCCAAAGGAUUGCAUGAAAGGCUGGUGCCGAUCAUGGGGCAUUGCCUUGAUAAAGAGGAGGAGAAAUUUCUCGUGUAUAUAUUUGUCCGGAAUGGCGACUUAUCAAGUGCACUGCACAGAAAGUCAGGGGAGGAAGAGGAAGGCCUGCAAUCUUUGGACUGGAUAAAGAGGCUGAAAAUUGCAACAGGAGUGGCAGAGGCACUAUGCUAUCUCCACCACGAGUGUAAUCCACCAAUGGUUCACAGGGACGUGCAAGCUAGCAGUAUUCUUCUUGAUGAUAAAUUUGAUGUGCGCCUUGGGAGUUUGAGCGAGGUGUGUCCUCAAGAAGGGGAAGGCCACCAAAAUGUCAUCACAAAGCUGUUGAGAUUUUCAUCGACUGCGGAUCAAGGAUCUUCUGGUUCUCCAUCUGCAUCAUGUUCAUAUGAUGUCUAUUGCUUUGGAAAAGUUUUGUUGGAGCUGGUGACUGGAAGGCUAGGUAUCAGUGCAUCAAAUGAUGCUGCAACGAAUGAGUGGCUUGAUCACACUCUGCGCUACAUUAAUAUUUAUGAGAAAGAGCUCAUGAGCAAGAUCAUUGAUCCAUCACUUAUAAUUGAUGAGGACCAUCUGGAGGAAGUCUGGGCAAUGGCAAUUGUUGCAAAGUCCUGCUUGAAUCCUAGGUCUUCUAAACGGCCGCCGAUGAAAUAUAUUCUAAAAGCACUAGAGAAUCCGUUGAAGGUGGUGAGGGAAGAUAACGGCGGCUCUAGCUCAGCCCGUUUGAGAGCCACGUCAUCACGGGGAUCAUGGAAUGCUGCAUUCUUCGGGAGUUGGCGGCAUAGCUCGUCUGAUAUAGGUCCUUCAAGGGAUGACAACUUGUUGAAACGCUCAGAGACGAUCAAAUCAUCCGGAGGGAGCAAUGGUGACCAUUCUUCCUCCCGCAGGAGGCAAUCGAAGGAGAUCUUCCCUGAGCCAUCUGGUUCACGUGACACCGAGGAUUAAGGAGCUUUCUUUUGUCUUGUGACCCUUUUAGUGCAAAGAGAAGUCCAUGAAGGGUGGCAGCUGUCGAAGCGCUGCUGCUACCUUGUGAUUGAAUUCUUUCAGCUGACAGAUCGAAGCGUGAAUUUCCUGCAUGUCAUUGACUUCACAGGCAGCAUACUGGCAUCAGGGGUACCAUUUUUCGGGGUGGACUGGGAAGCGAUCGUAUAGUGGAUUAGUGGUUGGUGCCCAAUGCAUGAUCUGGACAAAUGGCUUGGCAAUGUUGUUAUUUUUCUUUCCCCUCUUGAUUAAAAAGAAAGAAUGGCGAGCUGAUUCUUUUUCUUCUUCCCUACUGUAAUUGAUUGUUUCAUUGUUGAUCAUAGCAGAAAUGUUCGUUCCAUUCA